AUGCGUGAGGUUAACAUUAUCUUCAAGGACGUAACACAGACGAUCACCCAAGGUAGCGGCGAGAACGCUGGCAUUUGUGGAAGUAUAUAUACGGAAUCGGGGCAGUCCAUGUGCAAGAGCAGGUGUCAUGAAAUUGCAAGCCUUAUGCUAUACAUAAAGGGAUAUAGUUAUCAGACCAGAACACGCGAUUGGAAAAAAAGAGGAAUGCAGCAAACAACCGGAGAGAAGUUUAAGGAAUACUUAAGAUGUAUAUUGGCGAGUGAGGUUUUAGUACAGGUGUAUGGGCAAACUAGUGACCACCAGGAAGUAAUAAAGAAAGUUAAGGAAGAAAUGGAGAAAACGACUACAACAGGGACACAGCAAUAUGAGCCAGGGGUGUGUGAGGACCUGGAUUAUGGACAGGCCAUAUUCGGAUUACGUGGUAUUGGACCAAGCAUAAAGACUAAGCUGGACGACUGGAACAGCGGUUUGGCAGGAGGCCACGCAGGAAGUGCACGCGUCACAGGGAAGAAGUGUGCUUGGCCACAGCAAGACACAAACCAGAACAGUGCACAAGCAUGUAAUGCACAGGAGGGGCACGUGCUCAAGGAUCAUUGGCUCAUGGGGAAAAUAAAGGAGUGGACAGACGGUGCUCUCUAUCUGCGGGUGACAACGUUGUUAGAGCAAAUGAAGGCAGGACGCAUGCCCGGCGGGAAAUGUGCAAUAGAGAAGAACAUAAAGGACCAGAUCAAGAAAGUGAAGGACACAGUGAACCCUGCCGCCGCGAAACCCGCCCCGGCCAAACCUGCACCUGUUGACAACGGCAGCCCUGCCAAACCAGUAGCGACGUCGAAACCGGCAACGGUGACACCGGGAUCGGGGACGACGACGACGUCGUCAGCUGGUGGUGGUGGUGGUGGUAACCCUGGUGCUGCCGCAGGGAAGGAGAAGGGGAAGAAAGGCGGAACAGGCGGGGAUUGUGACUGGAAGAGCAUAUUGGAAGAGGACCGGAGCCAAGUAUAUGUGCUGGGUACUUAUGAUAAAGAAGAACUGGAACGCAUGAAGACGGUGUUGCAGCAGUUUAUUCAUUACAUGGAAAACACGGAAGACCUCGCGGAUGCCUUAGGGGCGAAUUGUGCAAAUUCUGGUUGGGAUGAUAUCUCAUCACAUGGGCGUUAUCACAUGGGCCAAACAGUAGCAGAUGUCGUACGGUGCCGGCUCAUGACACUUGCAUUACACUUCGCAAACGGUGAUAAUGUAAACGGGAAACAUGAGGCAGUGAAGCGCACAGUUACGGAUGCAAAGGAGCACAGACUCAGGUGUGAAGUAGCAAAUACUUUUGGGUAUAUACUGGAAAAAAAAUAUUGCGACCUCAAGACACCAUGGAAAAGAGGUAUAAAGUAUGCCUGGAAAACAGUGCUAAAAAUGGGAGACCAAGGCGGUCUCCCAUCCGACGGUCCCGUUAUGAAGAGAAUAUGCACAGAAUGCGGGUAUGAUAUUGAGAAACCUGUAGUGAGAGUAGUAAAUGGAGAAAUGGCAGAAUGGUUACUGCGGGAAGGAAGACUCAUGGACCAAAUUGGACACAUGCAGGGCAGCGCGCCGUGCGCUAUGGAGUGGAAGAGGUAUAUAGCACGUAAGGGUGUUACAGACACAGUCAACGACAUUAGCAAGAAGCUGCCUGAGGUAAAGCAAACGGAGGAAAAAGUAAGGACGCAGACGAAGACAGCUUUUGCCGAGGUUACAAAGAUAGUGGACCAGAAGAUUAAAGAACUAGCAGGACCCAAACUCGAGGAUACCGGAGGCGCCACACAACCAGGAGCAGGAAGAGCAGAUGACUCAGCACCAGGAGACCCGGUAGCGAAACCACCAGGACCCGGAUCGGCACCACAAGUACCGGCAUCUCCAGUAUUACCAGCCAGACCACAAGCACCUCCAGCAGGGGACACGGGACAAGGAGAAUCAGCGGACGGACCAGGUAAGGGACAAGCGACAUCUACAGGAACGGGACCAGGACCUGGACAACAACCCCCACCUCCACCACCCCCGCGGAAUGCUUCUGCGGACGCCCAGAACGGGAAGAAAGCAGACCACGCAGAGACGCUUGUCUACCUUGGAACGAGUUCCGGAGCUGAUGAUGAUUGCGACAACAAGCCCAAAGACUCGGGACCAGAUAAGAAGCCUGAAGCGAAAGAUGCUACAGCAGAGGGUCCUGGAGGGACUGAGCAGGGUGGGGUGGGUCCUUCUACUCCUUCUGGUCUCUCGCCUGCACCAGGUCAGGAAGAUGUUCCACCUGGUCAAACUGCUCAACCAAAUCAAGAAGGUCCCAAGCUUCCUGCUCCUGAUCAGCCUAGUGUGGACACAACCUCGGUGACCACUGUAACGGGGACAAAUGACGGGGGAUCUGAGGACCCAUCAGUUACAGGCCCUGACCAGGACACUACCGGUCAAGGUAGCGCCGUCGAUGGAGCAAGUGAUGGCGCUACCGGUCGCACCGUCGAUGGCGGUAACGAUGACCCGCCUCCUCUCAAUCCACUCAAACCAAAACCGAACCCGAACCCCGAUCAGGCGGGGUCGAGCGGCGAACCGCCGGCAGCAGGUGGUGGAAGCGGAGGGGGUGGUAUGGGAGGGGACCUCGGUCAAGGGACUUCCUCUGGACCCGGCGCUACUGGUCACCACACUCCUAGUCCUGUUGCUUCUCCCGGAGGCAAUAAUGUACAAAGUAAUGGUUCCAAUGCUACAAAUGCGAACACUGAACCUGGUGUAGAUUUAGACUUUAAACCACAUGCACAUCAUAUACGGGGAGGCAUAUGGACCACAUGGAACACCCGUCUGACCAGUGGGGACAACAUCUAA